AUGAUCACCAAACAGCACAACUUGUACUAUGGCAUGAAUAGUGGUCAUCGCGCCUCGAGUUUUGUGCCCCCAGACUCCCCUUUUGGUCGACCAGCGGGCAGGAGAAACCCAAGGACGCCGUGGGACGGAGGAACAUCGCCUACACCACCACCGCUACCGCUCAGCUUGACGUUUAGCGAGGGGCCAGGGGGGUCCACACAGCUAAGACGGAAAACAAUACCGCUUGAUCGAGGAUCGGUCAGAAGCAGUGACGUAUCGCGGAUCAAGGCCACGAGAUACGUCGUCGAGAGGAAAAAUCUCGAAGUAAUAACAAUCCCGGCUGCCGAAAUUUCGAGAUCAAGGAAGGAUUGAGAGCAGGCGAGAGGUCGAGAGCAGGCGAGAGAUCGAGAGAGGCGGCGGAGGCGGAGAAGUGGAUCAGCGAUCGAGAGAACGAGGAAGAUCCGAGCAAUCAAUCUCUCACCGGUUACCGACGCGACAACUCGAGCGAACGUUCCGAAUUACCGUUUCCGAGACCAGCGAGUGUCGCGAGAGAGUAGGAGAGAGAGAGAGUGCGAGCGAGGACGAGUGCAGCGAGAGAGUGCACGGAG